GUCGUCGGUCGCAACGCGGAAGAGACGAAGGAGGAAAAGAGGCUCCACGUCACGGAGGUGUAACAUUGGCGUCAGUGCAACACAAGGUGCUACUCAGCCCGUGUGAGACACCGCUGUCCUGUCCACAACCUCUCAUUUCCUUCAGUUCGAACAGUUCGUAUGAGCGCGAGGCUGACAUUUGUGGACUGUGUGCGCGCGGAGCGGCCUCGGUAAACACACCGGAAUCCUGAAGGUAACGUACGAGUGCCCCACUGCCUCAACAUCUAGAUGGGUGAAUCCGGAUCACGUCGCUCCACACUUGUAUCCCGCUUGCCAAUCUUCCGCCGCAGCAGCAGUAAGAGGCAGGAAUCCCUUCCAUCCUCCCCGUCUUCAGGUGGUGUUGGAAAUGGCGUCCACACCUCUUCACCCUCCAGUACUAACUCCAGCUCAGGCAGCACUGGGAAACGCCGGAGCCUUUUCCGCACUCCGUCACUCAGUUUCACCCACAAACGGAACAGUGAUCCUCGAGUCCAGCCCAUCAACUUGAACCUUACCCCUCCAUUGACACAGGGCACAGAUGCCAAUGGAAACAACCAGCAGACGAUUACAACGUCAUUGUCCACAGGGUUUAGUGAUGGCAGUGGACGCUCCAAGACUCGACACUCGUUUGGUUUCGGCAGCCACAGGCAAAAGAAAAUCACCCGGUCUCACACUGAGGAUUUUGAAAAGGCGUCCUCUUCCUCGUCCACAGCCAAUCGGAACGUCUUCAUCAACUGCAUCAGCGGCUCUGGAGCUAACGAAGGUGACGACUCCGGGUUCCUUGACGACUACAGUGGUAGCAGUAAUAACAACAAACGGUCCACACGCCAGAAGAAGCUGCUGCCGAAGUCAUUCUCAGCUCACCACCGCUUCUCCAGGACCUCUGAUCAUCACAGACCCCCAGAAGUCAAUCUGGAACCUCCGAGCUCCACCACCGUCACUCCAGGGGCCGGUGGGCUCACACCGGGGUCAUGGCCUGGGGACCUGCUAGGCGCCGGGGGUGAGAGCUCACUCCAGUCCCCCAUGAUAUCAGAGGACCGAACCACAGCCAUCACUCCUUCAGAAUUCAUCCCCAUCACAGAGGAUUCUGUGUCUGAGGUGGACGCUCUGCCCGCUCCUAGUCCUGGACCCGGGUUAGCCCCAAUAUCUGCCUCUGUCCCUGGUCCAGAUGCUGACACAGAUGGUCAGGACCUUCCAGCUGCUGCAGAGAACUUCAGUGGGGCUGUUUCUACCUCCCAGGUUUUCUUCACACCAACCCAGUCCAAUGUUGAAAAACCUUUGCUCCCUGACACCAGCACAGCCAACAACACAGACUAUGAGACUGCCGUGUCCCUCUCUGAAGCCGAGACCACCGUCCCCUGCCUCCCUUUACAGGAACAAUCACUGGAUGAGAGGAAGGAGAGGGAGGAGGAGAGAAAAGAAGCACGGGAAGAAGUGUCAGCAGAGGAGAGGAAGGAGUUGGUAAAGGGUAGGAAGGUGGGUUACCACACAGAGACCACAAGCGAGAGCGAGGCGUGUGUUGUACGCAGUGAGGGCUGCCACUCCAACCCAGAACAAUCGGAAAGACGGCCGAGAAACACUCGCUCUUUUCAAGAGGGAGGAAGAGGAAGCUUCUGCGGCUGCCAUGAACCCAGGUCGUCUCACUUGAGAAAACCACAUGCAGCCUCUAUGUGUAGCAGUGUCAGCCCCUAUCAUGAGGUGAUGCGGAUGGAAAGACGUCUGCGUUCCUCAUCUGAGGGGGCUGGUGGCCCUCGUAUCCAUGGUAACCACAGGGAUGCACCAGGCAUGGAGGGAUGCGGUCUGCUCAAACACAGGAACAAUUCCUCAUCAUCCAAACUUGGAAGUCUGGAUGUUCUAAACAAUCUGGGUUCUUCAGAGCUGGAUGAAGAUGAUCUUAUGUUAGACCUGGACCUCUCUGACGACCAGAGGCAUCGACAUGUGUCCAGAGAAGACUCCAGUCAGUCUUUAGCAUCCUGUCUGAACCUGCUCCCAUCACCCAUGGACCCGUCUGGAGAUCGCACUGUGGGGAAAGACAACAAUCAAAGGGAGCCGAGUCGUCCUACUAGCUUGCUGCCUGCUGACUGGAGCUCAGGGCUGGGUUUGGGGAGGGAAGAUGAGCCUUUACCUCCAGGGCUGGAGACUCUGCCACUUAGACUGAUGCAACAAGACUGCACUGCUGUCAAAACACUGCUUUUAAGAUUGAGACGGACACUACAGGAGAGCGUCGAGACAAGUCCUGCCAGCAGCCUCCAGUCUCUUCCCAUAAGCCCUUGCAGCGAAAAGUCCCUUCCAUUCAAGGAUCCUGGCAGAGAGGAGGCCUUGCUGCAACAACUGAGGGAGAAAGAUGAGCUCAUCCUCAAACUCCAAAGUGAACUGGAGAGUGCCAAAGCUGCCCUGAAGAUGAAAGACUGCCAAAUGACUGACCGCACAACACAGACAGAACACAUGGGGCCAGAGGUCAGUCAUCCAGGCCGGUGGUCAGGACAAGGCAGCAGCAGCAGCAGCAGCCUGUUUCCAAGGGACCGAAGGGUGGUUCGGGGCCCGGGGCCAGCACUCGGAGGGGACCUCGCUAACCAGCAUCUAUCUCACCACCAUCCACCCCUGCACGGCCGGCCUCAGGCUUCUGAACGACACACUGCCAGGGAGGAGCGCCACUGCCAGGGGGUUCUGGCGCAAUCCUCCGUCCGUACUAACCCUGUUCCAAAUGUGGCCCCGGGCUCCUCCAACGUGUCCUCUGCCAUUUCUUCAGCCCACACCACCCCACCUGCGGUGACCCAGCUUCAACUCCCCCAUCAGGCUGCAAAUCAAGGAUCAAGCUCCGGUUCGGCAAUUCCAUCCCUCCCUCCCAGGCAGCCGGAGGUGGUCUCCUCGUCUUCUGAGUCCUUAACGCCAGGAGGAGGAGGGAGUCUGUCAGGUGCAGUGAGGAGAGCAGGAGGAGGAGAGCACCUUCCCCUUAGCCAUAUCCCCCGUGCGGUCGGUGCCAGCAACUCCUCAAGUCUCCACAGUCUUGCGAGCAGAGGGAGUCCCUCUCCGAGUGUUUCGUCAUCCGACCAGACUUCCCCUCCACCUCCUACUCCCUCCUCAGCUUCCUCUUCCUCCUCCUCCUCCUCCACGUUUACAGGCCGCUUAGGACAACCACCCCGAGGUCCUCUGUCUCUGCAUAGUUACAGCCGUAAAAAUGUCUUCCUUCAACAUUCCCUACACACUGCCGAACUCCAAGCUCUGACGCAGAGAGACAGUUGAGGGCGUCACACCAUCCCAAACAUAAGCAACCGUAUCAUUGACUUAAGCGACAAAACUCAUGUGUGACUUAUUUAGGAAAAAAAAAAAAAGAAAACUGCUGCUCAUUUGGUACACGUUGCUCAUGUAAUGCUGUCCAGUUUCCCACGAAAUGUCACCCGCACGCGUAUACAAUCAUGCUUAUCUUUCUUUGCUGUUUAGACUUCUCAUUUUGCAGGAUUUUGGUUCAAAGAUUUGCUCUUUCAAAAAUACACUCCAGUGCGCACACAUAUACCAGACCGUGUGCACAAAAAAGGCACUCACCCGUCUAUCUGAACUCCCACGGUUUGUCAUGCUGACAGUUUAGAUGUGCUUACGCCCACAGACACACAAAGUGCACGCAGACUCACAACCUCGCACGCACACACUGGAACAACUAAAAUCACGCAGAGACUUCAUCUGCUUCAAAAAUCUGCACAAUUAACAGGGAAGUAAAACCGGGUGAAAAUAUGGGGUAUGUAUCUGUCUGUGUCAAUUUUUAAAGAUUUAUUUUUAUUACUUUAUUUUAUUAUUUAAGAAAAAAAUAUAUAUAUAUAUGUGCUGCUUAAGGAACUAUGGGACUGACAGUCAUUUGUGCUUGUAAGGAUAUACUCUCACGUUGCCAAAUCAAUUCCUCAUCUGCUUCUAGACCAUUGUAAGAAACCCCCUCGAUCCUUCUACUGCAUGCUUUUUAAACUUAAGCUAAAACACAGCUGAGCAUUUUUCUACCGCGACAAAAGCUGGACUCGGUGACUUUUAACGUCUUUUGAUAAUGUUUCAGAAUCAACUCUCACCUCAGUAUUUCAAGAAGGGAAUCAAUAGAAACUCAACAGCCUAUCUAAGAGACGGGCCUGUUUUCAGAAGUAAACGUCUGUCCAUCUGCUCACCAAAAUAACUUUUUGUAGAAAUACAAUGUCGCAAUAUUACCCACAUUAUGUGCAAGGAUCAAUGUGUAACUAGUACAGUACAAAAGUAGAAGUGAAGAGUUUCAUUCCACAAAGAGAUAGCUGCCAUUUGGACAAUUUUGCCACUUAGAUGACAAAACGACAUUUGCGUUACUUGCGCUCUUUAAGCCCGAGUCGUCAAAAUAGAAAAACUCCACACAAUGAAGGUAAAGGAGACGUGAUUUUCAGACAUGACACCAAGAGAAAAUGGAAAAAGCAUCAGGUUUUGGAAUGAAGCACUUCACAUCCUCUUAAGGGCUGGGUAUUUGAACAGGGACUACUCAUGCUUUGUUGAAUGUCAGUCAGUGUGUCAUUAUCAGACUUUCUUUUUUUAGGGUUCAGGAUUGUGUUUUAAAUAAUACAGUCGCUUUCACGUCUGUGGCAAUUUUACAGACGGAAUCAAUUUAGUCAUUUCCGGGACAUGACUGACAACAGAUAUCACAUGUAAAAUAGAUCAAGUAAUGAAAUGUGUUUUUGCAAUCAAUAAAGAAAGAAACCGGAAGAGAAAAAAACAACAUUUAGAUAACUCAUAUUUGUAAAAAGUAUCAGAUCCUUGUUUUCCACUGAUACCCAGUCCUUACAUGUUAGCCUUCUUUCAUCUCCCCAACCUCAGAUGUGUCAGUUAUCUUGAAAAAACUGAACUAAUGAGAUGGCAUUUGGUAUAAUAAGGCUGACAAUUAUGUUGUUUUCAACAGUAUGACAGAUUUUUUUUUUUUUUUGAAUGAAAUUUACAUGUACUGCAACUACUAUGCUCUGCUGAAUCAUAGAACAUUUUUCAGACUGUGAGGAUAAAUCAUGUCGCAAUUUAAUCAGUGAGAAAACCGCACUUUUAACAUCUACGAACAAGUCGAUGACAUAACGGACUGCCUAAUAUUCCACCGUGGAAUGCAUUUUUGCUCUGUGGACAGUGCUUUGGGGUAAACAACUCUUAUAAUGUCAGGCUGGAGGUGGGAGUUUGUCCUGGUGCUGAGUAAAAGGCCAAAAGUUCACAGCUCCUAGCCUCUACAGAAAAUGUGCGAUUUUGGAGAAGCCGCUGACCUCGCCGGUCUCUAAACGGCGCCGGGUCAGAGGGAAGUUGUACAAAUUGCAUGUGUCCGUGCAGCUCCUCAUGAGGCCAGGAACCAUAGGGGAAGAAAAAAACCAAACAGAAAACC